AUGGAAUACCAAGCUAACAAAGGCCCACUAGUUGAUGGUUUCCAACAGUCUCCAGCUGAUCCAUCAUUAUUUACCAAAUCUCUAAACAACUCUUUCACUGCUUUGCUUGUAUAUGUAGAUGACAUUUUGGUGGCCGUCACAGAUUCAAGACAGAUACAAGCCCUAAAACAGAUGUUGGAUGAUUCAUUCAAGAUUAAAGAUCUUGGUCAGCUGAAUUAUUUUAUGGGGAUUGAAGCUUUUAGAGAUCCUAGUGGCCUUAACUUGUGUCAAAGGAAGUACACCUUGGAAAUUCUACAAGAAAAUGGUUUUCUUAAUGCUAAGCCUGCAAAGACACCAUGCACUCAAAGCCAUAAACUCACAAGUACUGAUGGCAUCUUGCUGCACAAAACUGAAGUUUUUAGGAGGCUAGUUGGUAAGCUUCUAUAUUUGACAAAUACUAGGCCUGAUAUUGCAUAUGUUGUACAACAACUCAGUCAGUAUGUGGAUAAGCCAAGAGAUACACAUCUAGCUGCAGCUCAGAGGAUCAAGUUACAGGGCUUCUCAGAUUCAGAUUGGGCAAACUGCGCAGAAACAAGGAAAUCUAUAACAGGCUACUGCAUUUACCUUGAGAACUCUCUUAUCUCUUGGAAGACAAAAAAGCAAGCAACAGUAUCAAGGUCUUCAUCUGAGGCUGAGUAUAGGGCAUUGGCAUCCACAGUUUGUGAGAUACAAUGGCUCUUAUACCUAUUGACAUAUUUGAAAGAAAAAUGCAGCAGUCUUAUUGCUUUGUUCUGUGACAAUAAUUCAGUCGCAGCAAUUGGGGAAAAUCAUGUUUUUCAUGAAAGGACAAAGCAUAUAGAGAUUGACUGCCAUAUAAUCAAGCAAAAGGUUCAUCAAGGGAUUAUAAAACUGAUGAGCAUUCCUUUUCACAAGCAUAUAGCUGAUGGCUUCACCAAAGCUUUGCCUAUUGCAUUGUUUGAUACGUUUCAUGCUAAGCCGGACCUUCAAGAUCUUCAUGCUCCAGCUUACAGGGAGGUGAUGAAGUGA